AUGUCGACCAUAUCGCGAAUAGAACUAUGGCAUGAGGUUCGGGGCUGGCUAAGGUGGCGAGUCACGCUGGACUCCUUCGUGAAGAUUUUUCCGCAUUUUGGACAUGAUGGUAUUGUCAUUGAAACUCUUCUCUUUCAAGUUCUCGCCAUUUUACACCUUCUUCUCGAUCGGCACCACUGCUGCCUGUGCACAUGUCAUCACAACCGACGAUGCGAACAAUCAAAUCAUUCAUCAUCCCAAUCGGCGUGCUUAAUUAAAGAAGAGGACAGUUUUCCAGGAGGGGUGCACCUUGAAUUUGAUUGCACCUCACUCUACUACCAAGCAGAACAAGAGGAAGACUACUCCGACCUGGCCCUCGAGGCAGCUAGAACGAGACGCAAGCACCAUAUGGUGCUUAUGGACCUCCACCACCGUUGUGUUGAAGUCGCAAAUAUGCGUCUGUUAACGGCCAACCUCAACGUAGGGCGCAUUCAUGUAGAGAGGAAAAAAAGUGGUAUUGCAACAUUCAUUGGUUCGAGUUCUCGAGGUGAUACAGACCUUGUGCGGAUCUGUCCAGCUAUGUAUGACCCUGUUCCAAUACGAGUUAUAAUCAGCAUCAGUGAGGUGUUCACUGUUGAACAUCAGAGUUUAGCGUCACCGUCCUUGUGCUCAGUCAUCAGCAAAAGUGGUGCAGCCUGGUAA